UCUGUUUAGUGUGUCCCUGUUUGUCUCCCUAGUGGCAAGUUAGCGACGUGCGCUGCCGCUGUCCAUGGUGCUGAUGAGAUGGCCUCGCGUUUUUAAUACUGUAGUACGUUAAGUUACACGCUAACGCUCUUGGCACUCAACACUGACAAAAACGACAGAACGCAUCGUUUAUUUAUUUUUUGUUGCAAUCACUGUUACUGCCAGCGUGUGUGCGUGGGUAUACAUUGGCGUCUACCCCGCCGCACAUGCUCAGACCAGGAGUCCCCCCUCCGCUCGUAGGCCCCUCCCAGACACGCGUGAGAGUGAUCCGGAGCUCGGAGAAGAGCCUCAGUUGCACGGGACCGCAAGAACGUCGCUGGAUCCCGGGAGGACCGGAGAGAGAGAGAGAGAGAGAGACGCCACCGUGGGACUGGAGUUGUGCUCAGGCUGAAAGAUGUUCUCCUCUGUGAAGGCCUUUGAGGGGCAGCAUUACUCCACCCUCAAGAGGCAGUGUCUACAGAGUGGACGUCUAUUUGAGGACCCACUGUUCCCGGCCGUGGAUGACUCCCUCUUCUACCAGGGUAACAGGAUCGGCCGAGUGCACUGGAAAAGACCUGGGGAGCUGUGCGAUGAUCCUCAUUUGUUUGUGGAUGGGAUCAGUGCCCAUGACCUGCACCAAGGGCAGCUGGGAAACUGCUGGUUUGUGGCGGCCUGCUCCAGCCUGGCUUCCCGAGAGUCACUGUGGCAAAAAGUUAUCCCAGACUGGAAGGAGCAAGAAUGGGAUCCAGAGAAGGCAGACUCUUAUGCAGGAAUAUUCCACUUCCGCUUCUGGCGGUUUGGGGAAUGGGUGGACGUGGUGAUCGAUGACCGUCUCCCCACAGUGGAUAAUCAGCUGGUGUACUGCCAUUCAAAUGAUAGCAACGAGUUCUGGAGUGCCCUUGUGGAAAAAGCCUAUGCCAAAGUUUAUGGCUGCUAUGAGGCCCUGGAUGGCGGAAACACGGCCGAUGCCCUGGUGGACUUUACCGGCGGCGUGUCAGAACCCAUGGACCUUCUGGAGGGCCAGUUUGCUCAGGAUGAAGUCGCCAGAAACCAACUCUUCGAGAGAGUGCUCAAGGUUCAUAAUCGAGAUGGCCUUAUCAGCUGCUCUAUCAGGGCAACCACAGUAGAGGACAUGGAGGCGAGACUGGACUGUGGGUUAGUGAAAGGACAUGCCUAUGCGGUGACCGACGUUCGCAAGGUCCGUCUGGGACACGGCCUGCUGGCGUACUUCAAGUCAGAAAAGCUACACAUGAUUCGCAUGAGGAACCCCUGGGGAGAAAAGGAGUGGAGCGGACCAUGGAGUGAUAGCUCAGAAGAGUGGAAGAAAGUGAGCAAGAGUGAGAGAGAGAAACUGGGCGUCACUGUUCAGGAUGAUGGAGAGUUUUGGAUGAACUUUGAGGAUUUCUGUCACUACUUCACCGACCUGAUCCUGUGUCGACUGAUAAACACGUCUUACUUGAGCAUUCAUAAGACCUGGGAGGAGGAGGUGAUGAGGGGCUCCUGGAUCCACCGGGACGACCCGCUCCGCAACCGCGCCGGAGGCUGCAUUAACCAUAAAGCCACAUUUCUUCAAAACCCACAGUACGUUUUUGAUGUGAGAAAAGUGGAAGACGAGGUGCUGAUCUGCCUGCAACAAAAGGAACGCAGAGCUACUCCUAAGGAGGGCAAAGGCGAGAACCUGGCCAUUGGAUUUGACAUCCAUAGGGUGGAGUUGAAUAGGAAAUACAGAAUGCACUCGGCUCAGCAGAAGGUCGCAGGGUCGAUCUACAUCAACUCUCGCUGCGUCUUUCUGAGGAAAGAGCUAAAGGAGGGACGUUACGUCAUCAUCCCCACAACCUUUGACCCAGGUCAACAAGGAGAGUUUCUGCUCAGAGUCUUCACUGAUGUGCCUUCAGACUGCAAAGAAUUAACUCUGGACGAGCCUCCACAGACAUGCUGGACUGGGAUGUGUGGUUACCCUCAGCUGGUCACCCAGGUGCAUGUGUUAAGUGCCAAGAACCUGCAGGGCCAAGAUGCCAAUGGAGCCUCUGACCCAUAUGUGAUCAUCACCUGUGAGGGGGAGAAGGUUCGUUCCCCCGUGCACAAAGACACACGCUGCCCCAAUUUUGACGUUAAAGGAAUAUUCUACCGUAAAAAACCAAAGGAAGGCAUUCACAUCGAGAUCUACAAUAAGAAUGUGAUUGUUGACACCUUCCUGGGCCAGGUGACCCUCUUUAGUGACCCUAACGACCGUCAAGAGCAGCACACGGUCUACCUUAAAGACAAGGGUAGUCGUCAAGACAACAACCUUCCAGGCACGCUGACUGUGCGCCUGAUCACCUGCACCACUUUAACUAACAUCUGAUCACGCAUCCCGCCACUUCACUCUCUCUGCUUGUGUUCCUCGUUCACCCACAAUGCCUUUAGCUCUCGUAAUUUUCUACAGAUUUUGUUUUUUUCAGUGAAAGGUUAGUUGACCCUAAAAAAGUGUAAUUCUGUCACUGUAUCAUGUCAUUUCAAACCUUUUGCUUUUAUUUUUUCAGUGGAGCAAAGAGGCAGAAGUUAAAUUCAUCUUAAUGACCACACCAAUAGCCCUUAAAGGUAUAGUUUACCCCAAAAUAAUCUUAAAAUAAGUUUAAAAUACCAAAAUAAGUUAUUGUAAGACUGAUGAUGCAGGGGAGCACUUUUUUGGGCAAUGUUACUUGGGCACAUUCCCACUGAGAAUGGGUAACAAAUUUCUUUCUUGGGUUGGUCAUGGGCCCUGGGUCUCUCCUGGUUGCCCAUUAACAGCAACAUAGCCCAAACUUGCAAAGCAACAUUGUUUAAAAAGUUACCCUGUGUAUCAUCAGCCUAAUCUUCAACUUGUUCCAGACCUGUAUGAGACACUUUCUUCUGUUAAACACAAAAGGAAAUAUUAUGAAGAAUGAUUAUAACCAAACAGUUGACGGUAGCCAUUGACUGCCAUAGCAUUCUUCAAAAUAUCUUUUUUGAGUUCAAUAGAAGAAAGGUACAAGUUUGGAAUAACUUCAAGGUGAUGACAGAAUUUUUAGUUUUCGGUUGAAUUAUCCCUAUAAAAACAUAAUUAAAAUAGUCCAUAAGGUAUUUGUCAAAUCGUUUAGAGCCAUUUGAGGCAUACACCUUAGUCAGAGUAUCACUACAUUUAAUCUUUGACAGGAAUGAAAGCAAGGUUGUGAAGCAUAGAGUUACAGUGUGUUCAAUAGAUUAUACUGUUGUUUAACAUCAUAGCAAUUGUUGAGCUGACAGAGCAUCUUUCUGAAAAGCUUUCAGUAGACAAAAACUCUAAAACUGUUGUGAUGAGUUGCGAAAAGACCUGUAUACAUACCAUGUUAAAAACUAUAUACCUCACAGCCUUAUUUUCAUCCAUGUUAAAUUCAGUAUGGUGUUUAGUCUGACUAAUGUCUAUAGACUGAAACUGAAGUCAUUAUUCAGUGCUAAUCUUUCACUCCAGUGAGCUUUUAGUUUGAGGACUACUGUGACUGGAUUGAAUUAGCGAGAUGAACUUGUUCAUUUUGAUUCACGAAUGAAUCAUUUGAACCUCCUUUGAACCUGCUAGUUUUAGUGAACCAUUUGAUCUGAUUCACAAAUCAGUUCUUGAGUCCUUACUGAAUGACUACUGAUCCAUGAUUCAUUCAUUCGCUUUCCAGUGGUUCUCGAUUUAACAGUUCACUGGAGUGGAAGAUUAUAGGUGAAUAAUGAAAUUAUUUCAGUUUCGCUCGAUAUUGCUAUCAUUUCACUUCAGAAGAGUUCGAAUAAGUAAUAUGGACCACUUUUAUGAUGUCUGGAGCUUGACAGACUGUUAAAAAAGCUGCGUUAAGAUUCCAAAAUCAUUCAAAUGUACGACGUGACGAUGAGUAAAUACUGACAAUUUUAAUUUCUGGAUAAACUAUUAUUUUAAUUCCACCCAAUCGUGAUCUGACAUUGUAAUAAAGGGCUAUGCAUUAUGUUUGCAUGAGCAGCUGAAGUGGUCUAAGGUAGAAGUAGGUCCUUUAGGCGUCCUAGUCACACGAUCAGCCACGUUUCGUCUGCCAGAAUACUGAAUGCAGCCCAGGCAUGGGAAAUUAUUUAAAUUAGAUUUUCCCUUAUCUCUCUUUCUAUCUCUUCUCUCCUCUACGCAUUCAUCACAUAUUCAGUCAGUGUCCACACAUGUGCCCGUUCACACAGAUGCACAGUGACAUGGAGGUCCACCUGAUAACAGAGACCUUGACUUUAGCAAGGCCUGAUCAGCUCUCAUUUAGCUGAAAGAUUUCAGUGACCGGUGGGCCGCAGCGGGCACCUCUUUGGAUUCUUCGGGUCACGUUGCUUAGCAACAGGAGUCUGGAAUAGAGCCUACUGGAGCGUGAAGACUCCAGUGGACCCACGGUACCAAAAGCCCACCCGGACUAUCUGCCAUGCCAUUCUUUGCCUGAAUACACGGAUGGGCAUGAUAAGCAUUUUACCUUUUGUGUGUGUGUGUGUGUGUGUGUGUGUGUGUUUGGGUGACUAGGUAGUCCUGAUCUGAUAAUUUGACAGCUUUUUCUAUCAUUAGAAAUCAGUAAUGUGUAGCUUUUCAUAACAAGAUAUUUUUAUCAGUGUUAUUUUAGUAUUAUUUUUUUAUAAUAUUUAGCUUUAUUAAUAUUUUCAAUUAAAACUGGUUUCAUUCUAAUGGUAGGUUAAGUAAUUGUGUUGUUUACAUUUUUUUUUAAUUAAUUUUAUGUAUUGUAUACAUUUCUGUUUAAGUUCAGAAUUGGUCAGCGCUCCAAUUUUAAUAUUUUAUUUAAACUACAAAAAUAUUUGCUAGCAUUUUAUUGGCUGCCAUUUGAUUAUAAAACAUUAAAUGAAGAAAUCUUAAGCUAAAAUGUUUGCUUUAAUUCAAAACAUGAACGUAAAUGCUAAGGUUUGACUAAUUGACCAAAAGAUCCAACAUAUAUCCAAGAUGUUUUAGAUGUGUUUAUUCAAUAUACAUUUGUUUUUAAACCCUUUUGUUAAAACAAGUAUCAAAUCAGAACAAAAUGCGCUUAUACUCUAUUUCUCUAUUGUUAUUGCAGUUGUCUGGUCACCCUAGUGUGUAUGAGUGUGUGUGAUCCACUAGCCCUCAAAGUAACCUAAGGACCAUUAAAGGUUAUGCAUGUUUAAACAAAAGGGAAAAAUUCUAUCAGUGCUAGCGGUGCUCAAAGGAUGAAGAGCAGGCCUUUGGACCCACAAAUAUCUCUGGGUUUACCUCACUCUUGCUCUGAGGAUCGCGAGACUGUAAAACAAGGAUUUGUCUGUGUCUUAAUGACUUUCUAGUCAGACUCCUGCCAAACAGCAUGUGCCAUUGUUUGAGAUACGCAACAACUGCUGCACGAUUGCAUCAACAGAUAUUCUGUACUUAAGAGAAGAUCCCUCGUUUUUUCUCUCAACUUCUCUUGACGAUGAAGAACUACACCUUAACUACAGACACAUGGUGACUAUCUUCACCAGCUUUGUGUCUUUUCCAAUGGCUAGUUGUGCUGUUCCACCAGAGACUGCUACAGAACUCUUUGUGCACUACAAUGUCUUUGUUUAUGCUUUCAGUCACUAUAAGUGAGUUUUGGAAAACAGAAAUAAGUCCAUAUCUGUCAUUUAUCAUUGUUGGAUAUGUUUUAGCAUCCUCUCAUGUGUCUUUUUAUUUGAAUGACUGCUACACUGCUAUGAUUUCUGCACUGUGUUGAGCUGAAAAGGGAUUUAUUCCUUUAUAACUCAUGUUUGCUAAUUUCAGUUCUUAUUUAUUUAUUUUACAUUGCCUCUGGAGUAUUAUUUUUGUUACCUUGUGUAAAGUUUCUUUAACAAACUGUCUAAAAGUGGUGCAAGAGUAUGUUUGGCGUUUUUAAUAUUUUGUGUCAAAAAUGUAGCAUAAGAAACUCCAACAUUAGGUUAUAAUAACUAAUGUUUAUAAGGUUUGUAAUGUUUAUAAAGUUGAGCCACUGAUCCAAAUGAGCACUGACACUCAAACUUAGAUGAACGAGAAAAGAUUAGGGAGGAAGAAGAGAAACCACACAGUCUCAUAUACCGGGUUUGAAAAAAUGUGCCAGAGUACUAAUGUUGGAAGACAAGGCCUCGCUUAAACCUCGUCGAUUAGCAAUUAGCAAGACAGACUGAUUUUAUUCAGGGAUGAAUGAAGCUUUUUCUUUAGCUCCAUUACUUUUCAGUUUUUAUACAACCAGAUUGAAUUGGAAAUCCACAACAAUAGCCCAGUCAUUCUUUUACAUCAUUUCAACCUCCACGGGCCAGAUUAUGACGGGUAAACAGGGGAUUUAGUGAGGAAAAUUUCUUGUCUGUGAAUAGAUUUUACUUAUCUCCAUUUUGACCUUUACGACUGAAUGAUUUAGAAAAUAGAAAGUAAUUUGUACUGAGAAGAAAGGUGUUAUAUUGAUAGUAUGAAAUUAAAAACAGAGAAUUGAAAUGAAGUAUAAGGCAGCAAUUUUGCUCAAAUGUGUAUUUAUUUCCAUAUAUUUAUUAUUUCCCUCAAGUCUAACACUGUGGCUCUGUGGCGCUAUCAAAACAUUGCUCUGUUUGUUUGAGCAAUCCGACCAGCAACAUUGGCUUAACCAAUGGGGUGAGUGCAGGGCGGGGCUAUCUGUUUUUCUGACAAAUAGCAGACGAGGGGCUUGUUCUGGAAUUUGUGCAGUUCUGUUAGGUAAUGUGUGCAGAAAUUACACACCUUAUACCUUUUAAUCUGACUAAACUAACUAAUAAAUAGCCUUAAGUCGCUUUAGCUUUUAAAGACAACAAAGCUUUCAUUCUUUUUUCUUGAAGAUUUGUUUCAUCCAAAUCUUCAGUUUAUAUAUUUGUUGUUGUUUUUGGAUGAGAAUGCUGUGAAAGAUGCCAAUGUGCCAGUAGAGUUGGAGCUAUAUGCAUUUCUUGUGUUGUUUUUUUGUUUGUUUGGUUUUUUUUGCCAAAUCACAUAAGUGGCAUAUAAUAAGAACCAGUAAAGUUCAAAUGCCUUUUAAUGUCAUACAUGUUCUGGUGUACGUUUUUUUCCCUUUAAUGUAUUUUGAUUGUUCGAGUUUUCUUUGAUUAUUACGGACACAAGUGUGAUUUUCUUCGGCCCUGGUCAUGUGACAGAACAACAGCGUGUAGAUGGUUAGAAGGUCCCGGUUCACUCAGAUUGUAAUGCAUGCUUCAGAUCAAAUAGAGGAACUUUUGCCAUGUCGUGUCAAGUUGAUCUUGAUGCUGUUUCCAUGUGCAAGUGUAAUUUUACAUUGCAUGUGGGUUUGUGUUUGUUUACAAACUGGAUUUAUACACAGUAUGAAUUUCUACAGUCACUUAUACACUGUUUGCGCAGCUAAUGCAACGUAUGUGUGAAGGAAACAUGAACAUAUUUGCAGAGGUUGCCCAGUUUCACUCUCCUGCGUAAGUUUUAACAUGUAUUAUGUCUGUAGAGACUUUUAACUGCUUGUAAUCGCGAGACAAGUUCAGGUCCUCUGAAUCACUGGCUUUUUUUUUCACGUGAAUGACGUUCCUGAGUGUCUCUGCUGGCCGUUAUUUGCUCUCUGUGAUGUUACUGGCUCUUUGGCCUUGACUGCUGCAUGUUCUUUUGGCUGAGUGAACCUCUUUUCUUCAACACACACCGUCACCAGUGCUAUCAUGCCAUGUUGGACUUUCUCUAGGCAUCUUGAUAGAGUACAGCCUUAAUAACCAGUGAAUGCUUGUGGAGCGAGUGAAUCCUAUCGCUCUUUGUCAUUUUUUGACAUGGGUCAGACGUCCAGAGAAUGAGCUUGUGAUACUCUUGUAUUUUUUCUGCUGAUGUUGAACUUGAAACUGAUGUAUGUAUACAUAAACAGAAAUCUAGAAAAUAUCUUGCAUGGUAUCAUUCUAUGAAACAUAGCUGAUAUUAUCUUUAUAACAAGUAUCUUUUAUCAGCAUUUUAUACUCCUUUGUUUACUGUUUUAUAUCUAGCCAUUGAAUCUUGCGUUCAAAAAAACAAACAGCAAACAGACAUAUACUAUAUCUUUACUGAUUGUAGGUUUUCUGUAUCUUAUCUCUGUUUAAAUGUGUUUUAUUUUGCGUUUAAGUCUCUCUUGGGUUACACUGUGGUUAUUUGAUAUACUUAUUUGAAGUACUUAUUUUUUUUCUUUUGUAUUUUGUCAACUUGUGGCAUGACUUUGAAAUAAAAGAUGAAGAAAUUCAGUA